AUGGCGGAUGAAAAAGAGCUGCAGGAUGAAACAGCUGCAGGAAGGCACCUGGCCAGGGAGAGGGACUGUGGUCUGACCCUCAUGCUUCAGCAGCUGGCAGGAGGCUCAGGAGGGAGGGGAACCCCUGGUUACAGGCUGAUUCAGCAGACGUCUCAGUCCCCAUGUCCCCGGCACUGCUUUCUGCUCGUGAAAUGCCUUAAACCAGAGCUGGCCAACGCAGAUGCCCACGGGGCCAGGUUUGGGAGAAAGUUGAUUCACAGGUGGUGUCUCCUACAGCUUACCAUCGUUGGGACCAGUGCAGCUUUUGUUUCCAACUUCCACAUUUACUGCUUACUACGCUUCUUGUCUGGCUGUUCUUCCAUCAUCAUCCUGGCAAAUGACGGUAUGCUCAUCACAGAGUGGGUAAGGCCUCCAUCUAAAGUAAUGGCAAUAACAGUGAUAUCUUGUGCCCUCAGUGUGGGACACAUACUCUUGGGAGGACUGGCAUUUGUCUUUCGAGAGUGGCGCACUCUGCAGCUGGUGGUGUCUGUAUCUUUCCUUUUCUUCUUUUUCUCCUCCAGGUGGCUGGUGGAAUCUGCUUGGUGGCUGAUUGUCAACAAUAAACCAGAGGAGGGUUUGGAGGCACUAAGAAAAGUUGCAUACACAAAUGGAAUGCAGAAUGCUGGAGAUGCCCUGACCAUGGAGGGUUUGAGAUCCAGCAUGCAGGACGAGCUGGAGGCAGCACAGACCAAAGUUACCAUUUGGGAUUUGUUCCACACCUCCAUCCUGUGUAAGAGAACCUGUAUCCUACUAUUUGUGAGAUGUGCAAUCACAAUACCCUUUUAUGGCAUUAUGAUCAAUCUACAGCACCUUGGGAACAAUAUUUUCCUGUUCCAGGCGGUCUUUGGGGUCCUCACUGCCAUUGUCCGAUGUCUUUCUCUUUUAGAACAGAAUCAUAUGGGCCAUCGAACAACUCAGACACUUUUCAUGUUCCUGGUGGGACUUGUUUUGGUCAACACGUUUGUGCCCCAAGAAAUGCAGACCCUGUGUGUGGCUUUGGCAAGCAUGGGAAUCAGCUGUGCUGCUGCUUCUGUCACUAGUUUUUCUGUCCACAUUUUUGAGCUCAUCCCCACAGUCCUCAGGGCACGAGCUUUAGGAUUAGAAACAGUGGCUAGUAGGUGUGGGGCAAUGCUGGCUCCCCUCUUGAUGACGCUAAUGGCGUAUCUUUCCAUUUUGCCCUGGAUCAUCUACGGAGUCUCACCCAUUAUUGCUGGUCUUGCUGUCCUCUUCCUACCUGAAACAAGAAAUCUGCCUCUGCUUGACACCAUCCGCGAUGUGAAAAAUAACAAAGAAUUCUCAAGAAAGGCACUGCUCACUGCACUCCUCAAGGUCUCCUCACUUCAACUUGUGGAAGCCCGACAGCAUCCCUAACCCUGACCCCUUGUGC